UUACAUUUCUGUCUGUUCAGAGCCGAGUUGCUUCUCAGAGAGAAGUUUAAUCCAAUUCCUACCUACCGCUUCGGUCCCAUUUCAACUCGCAAAGUAGCUGCAGCCUUUUUCUUCCUCUUCUUCAGCAUCGUUGUUUUCGCAGCAACUUGAAGUAAAUCCGAGUCCUGCUUCCUACUUUUUCUGUGGAAACGAUUUUUGUUUCAGAACUGACUUUUCCGAACCAAGAAUGGCGAAGCAAGGAUACAAGCUACAGGAAUUUGUGGCCCAUUCAGGCAGCGUCAAUUGUUUAAAAAUUGGAAAGAAGGCAUGCCGCCUUUUCAUUACAGGAGGGGAUGAUCACAAGGUCAAUUUAUGGACGAUUGGCAAACCAGCAUCUUUGAUGAGUCUCAAUGGUCAUAGUAGUCCAGUCGAAUCUGUGGCUUUUGAUUCAGCUGAAGUGUUAGUUCUUGCUGGAGCAUCAGCUGGUGCAAUAAAGCUUUGGGAUCUGGAAGAGGCAAAGAUGGUUCGCACUCUUACUGGACACCGAUCCAAUUGCACUGCUGUUGAGUUUCACCCAUUUGGUGAAUUUUUUGCAUCUGGAUCCAUGGACUCUAAUCUCAGAAUUUGGGAUAUCCGGAAAAAAGGAUGCAUUCAUACAUACAAGGGUCAUAGCCAGCGCAUCAGUACUAUAAAAUUUACUCCAGAUGGCCGCUGGGUAGUUUCUGGUGGGUUUGAUAAUGUUGUAAAGGUGUGGGAUCUGACAGCUGGAAAGCUCUUGCAUGACUUCAAGUUUCAUGAAGGACAUAUUAGGUCCAUCGAUUUCCAUCCACUUGAGUUUCUUAUGGCUACAGGUUCGUUGGACAGAACAGUGAAAUUCUGGGAUUUAGAAACAUUUGAACUUAUUGGAUCGGCUAGAUGCGAAGCUACUGGGGUACGCUCAAUAGCUUUUCAUCCUGAUGGAAGAACCCUGUUUGCUGGACUUGAGGAUAGUUUAAAGGUUUAUUCUUGGGAGCCUGUUAUAUGUCAUGAUACUGUUGAUAUGGGAUGGACAGCACUUGGUGACCUCUGCAUUCAUAAUGGGAAACUUUUGGGUUGUUCAUUCUACCGCAAUUCUGUCGGAAUUUGGGUGGCAGAUAUAUCGCUUAUUCAACCUUAUGGUGGUGGAAUGGAACCCAAGAAAAAAGAAGGCACAGAGAAAAUUUUUAGUCUUGAGGGAAGCCAACUGGAGAAUGUGGAGGUUGGUCUGGGUCUUACUUCAGGGUUGCACUGUUUGUCUUCUGACAGUGAGUCAAAAGUGAUAAAGAAUAUAUACAUAGACUCCUCUGGAAGUAAACCUAUUGCUUUACAGAGAUCUGGGUCUUAUAAUUCUCCAAAAGUGGAUGUACCAGAUGAUUCCAAGGAAAUUUGUAAUUUGGGAACACUGAAACAGAACCCUGCAUCAGUUCAUGCAAAAUCAAAUGGACAAUCUCUUAGAAAGUCUUUUAUUGUGCCGAAUGUUGUGCCUCAGGACACUCCUGAUGGUAAAGAUUCAGCAAAACCUGGAAGAGAAACUAUCACCUUUUCAAGAACAAAACCCGGAAUGUUACUCAAGCCAGCUCAUGUAAGAAGAGCAUCCACUGGCAGAUUUGAUGUUGAUAGAUUUUCAGCAGACGUGGAUUCUGGAGCUUUUGGUUAUACAAGAAGUAAAUUGGAAGAUGCAAAGGAUCCUGACUUCCAAAUGAAGCUAGAGUCCCAGAAUGAAGUCAGAGAAUCUUGUGAAGAUAAAUAUCCUAUUAAGAGUAUUACAGAAAACUAUGAAAAGACUUCACCUCCAAACAAACUCAAUGGCCAAGAAAGAUGUGCGGAAUCCUCCCCUUGCAAUGAGAGUAGUCCCGUUAAAUAUGUCAAUGGAGUUGCUGUUGUACGAGGAAGGACCCGUUCUCUGGUUGAGAGGUUUGAAAGAAGGGAAAAGGUUCACACUAGUGAAGAUCAAACUAAUGCAAACCCUGCCAUUAUAUGUGAAAAAAUGGGAAAUGUCAAUGAAGAUCAAACUAAUGCAUCGCUUACCAGAGUGUUGGAAAGGCAAGAAAGAGGCAAUGAAGAUCGAAGUGAUACUCCCCCCAUACCUGCCAUGAUGUCUGAAACUAUUAAAGCCCCCACCAUUCUGAAAGGUGAGCCUCAAGUUUCUGGGAGGGAUGUAAGCUCUGCGAAUGAAGGGGAAAUUAUUGAGGGCCUGAUGCAGACUCAUGAUGUAACUUUAAGCAGUCUUCGCUCACGCUUGACAAAAUUACAGGUGGUGCGCCAUUUUUGGGAACGGAGGGACUUCAAAGGUGCAAUAAAUGCUCUGAGAAAGCUGCCAGAUCAAUCUGUGCAAGCAGAUGUGGUCAGUGUUCUUGUGGAGAAGUUGGAGAUUCUCACCUUAGAUUCGUUUUCUUUCUUGCUUCCUGUGCUCAGUGGCUUGCUGGAUAGCAAGACAGAAAGACAUAUAAAGGUGUCAUUGGAUAUUUUAUUAAAGCUGGUGGCAGUCUUUGGUCCAACAAUUCAUGCAGCCAUUUCGGCGACUCCCUUUGUUGGGGUUGACUUGCAUGCGGAGGAAAGGCGGGAAUGCUGCCAUCAAUGCUUUUUGCAGCUGCAAAAGAUUCAAAAGAUUCUUCCAAUACUAAUGCGGAGGGGUGAUUUACUGGCCAGGUCUGCCCUAGAGUUAAAUCUAGUUCUUCAACAAUCCUGUUGAAGAUACCGUGGCCAUAGAUGGAUAAUGUGCAGAACAUGAAAAGCCUUCAUGUUGGAAUGUUGUGAAUUGUGAUUGCAGCCAACAAUUUUGUCUUGGUGACAUGUUCUACUCGCUAUCAUCAUCGGCUUUGGAUCAAUGGCAGAGCGUUAUAACAAUGAGAUUUUCCAGAGAGCUGAAUAGGAUAUUUUUCCUCAUCUUUAUGAUAUCUCUGAACUGCAGGUUCAUCUUCCUGAACUGAAUUCGUUUAUGUCGUGCAUUGUUUUUGUUUAUUCUUUUUUCUUUUAUACAAGAGGGGUUGGUUGGCCUGAAGACCACAGCCUAAUCCCUAUGCGUCGUUCAGCUCUGUCAAUGUAUAGUAGGUGCAAAUUUGUAUGUAUCUACUGAUAUCCAAUGAAAUGAAUAAUCAUUUUUUUUGGCACAUGGAAUAAUCA